AUGUUGGCCCUGUCCAUCAAUACUGACCUUCCCAUGGAUAGAUAUUCUUCCGAGCCAGACCCUCUCGAAGAAAUCUCCGACAUCAUGGCGACCGCCGCCCCCCCUCGUAACAAGAUGCUGGGUCAGGUUCAGGCCGACUCAGCAGAGAGCAGCCGCGGCCCCUCUCCCCAGCCUACACAUUUCAGCGUCCCCCUGGCUGCCCGUUCCAUUGGCAACGGGCACAGGGUCCUGAGGUCAGCAACAGUCGGCUACAUUGCGCCGACGUUCGUUGGCAAGCAGGAACAGAUGGAGCAGGUCAAGGAGCUCAUCAAGAACAACGGCUGGAUCCCCGAUGCCCUCAUUGAGGAACAAGUCGCAUGGUUCUACAACGAGCUCGGCAUUGACGAUGUCUACUUCAAGAUCGAAGUCCCCGAGGUCAUCGCCAGCCAGAUCACCUCCCUGUACGCUGCCAAGGUGGCUGCCUUCGCCCGCGAGGACAAGCGUGAGGAGAUCCGCCUCGACAUGGAGGCCCAUGACCACGCCAUCUACAUUGACACGAGCGAGCCCGGCCGAACCUCUGUUGCCGGUCCCCGCUACGAACAGCGCCUCGAGGCCAAGUAUCUCGAUCACACGGGCAAGUCCAAGUUCCGCGUCGAGACCUUCCGCUCUCCCGGUGUUCUGGGCGCAUCGCCCACCUCAAAGGCGACACUGCGCUGCUACUUUGUUUACCAGUGCCUCUUCAAGCAAAGCCCGGAGACAACGGACCCCAAUGAGACCCGCUUGGAGGUUAUUGCCGACAACGGUUUCCUCCAGAAGGCCACUAGCAACACCAAGCAGAUCUACCAGGAGAUCAUCGAGCUCGCGGUCAGUAGAACUGGCCCUGUUAUCGAGGUCUUUGACAUCGAGGGCUCUCCCGAGAAGCGCUUGGUCAUCGCCUUCCGCUCGCGCACUGCUCGCGGCUUGUUCUCGGCUCUCAGUGACCUGUACCAUUACUACGGCGUCACCAGCUCCAGGAAGUACGUGGAGCAAUUCGCCAAUGGCAUCACGGUCAUGAGUAUCUACCUUCGCCCCGCCAUGAACAUCGAGGGCAACUUCCCUUCGUUGGACCAGUCAAUCCACCAGAUCACCAAGGAGAUCUCGCUCCUGUACUGUCUGCCCCAGAACAAGCUGCACUCGCUCUUCACCUCCGGCGAGCUCAGCCUCCAGGAGACCGUCUACGGUCACUGCGUCUGGGUCUUCAUCCAGCACUUCCUGAACCGUCUCGGUUCCGAGUAUGUCUCUCUCUCAGAGAUCCUGGACCCCAAGAACCAGGCCCACACGGCACUUUUGUCCAAGUUGAAGCGGCGUCUGAGGACGGAGACCUUCACCCCUGACUACAUUCUCGAGAUCAUCCAGUCGUACCCCGGCCUGGUUCGCGCCUUGUACGCAUCCUUCGCCUCGGUGCACCUCGCCGUCGGACCCGACUUCGACCGCCACUUCAUCGCCCCCACCCCUGCCAUCGAGGUCCUGUCUGAUGCCAAGCUCAAGGAGCGCAUCACUCGCGACGUGUCUAACGAGCACGAGGAGAUGGUCAUGACCGCCUUCCGCGUCUUUAACAACGCCAUCCUGAAGACCAACUACUUUACCCCCACCAAGGUUGCCCUGAGUUUCCGCCUGGACCCCUCGUUCUUGCCCGAGAUCGAGUACCCCAAGCGCCUCUACGGCAUGUUCCUCGUCAUUGGUGCCGAGUCGCGCGGUUUCCACCUGCGUUUCAAGGACAUUGCUCGCGGUGGUAUUCGUAUCGUCAAGUCCCGCAGCAAGGAGGCGUACGGCAUCAACGCCCGCAACCUCUUUGACGAGAACUACGGUCUUGCCAGCACUCAGCAGCGCAAGAACAAGGACAUUCCCGAAGGUGGCUCCAAGGGUGUCAUUCUUCUUGACCCGAAGAUGCAGGACCGCGCCAAGGAGGCCUUUGAGAAGUACAUCGACAGUAUUCUCGACCUCCUCCUCCCCGCCCAGACUCCCGGCAUCAAGAACCCGCUUGUGGACCUGUACGGCAAGGAGGAAAUCAUCUUCAUGGGACCCGACGAGAACACUGCUGACCUUGUCGACUGGGCUACCGAGCACGCUCGCGCCCGUGGUGCACCCUGGUGGAAGUCAUUCUUCACUGGCAAGUCACCCAAGCUGGGUGGCAUUCCCCACGACACUUACGGCAUGACCACUUUGUCUGUCCGCGAGUACGUCAAGGGCAUCUACAGGAAGCUCAACCUUGACCCCUCCACUGUCAAGAAGAUGCAGACUGGUGGUCCUGACGGUGACCUGGGCAGCAACGAGAUCCUGCUCAGCAAUGAGAAGUACACUUCCAUUGUUGACGGAUCCGGUGUCCUCGUUGACCCCAACGGUAUCGACAAGGAGGAGCUCCUCCGUCUUGCCAAGUCGCGAUCCAUGAUUGUCAACUUUGACAUGUCCAAGUUGUCCAAGGAUGGUUACCGUGUUCUGGUCGAUGACAACAACAUCACCCUGCCCACCGGCGAGUUUAUAUCCAACGGCACGUCGUUCCGCAACACGUACCACUUGCGCGACACUGGCCUGACCGACUGUUUCGUUCCCUGUGGUGGUCGCCCCGAGUCGAUUGACCUGAUUUCGGUUAACAAGAUCAUCAAGGACGGCAAGUCGACCAUUCCCUAUCUGGUCGAGGGAGCCAACCUCUUCAUUACCCAGGAUGCCAAGCUCCGCCUGGAGGCCGCCGGCUGCAUCCUGUACAAGGACGCCAGCGCCAACAAGGGUGGUGUGACGUCUUCGUCUCUCGAGGUCCUUGCCUCGCUCUCGUUCGAUGACGAGAACUUUGUCAAGCACAUGUGCCACGAUUCCGAGGGUCAGGCUCCUCAAUUUUACCAGAACUACGUCAAGUCCGUCCAGGCCAAGAUCCAAGAGAACGCUCGUCUCGAGUUCGAGGCCAUCUGGCGCGAACACGAGCAGACCGGACUCCCCCGCAGCGUUCUCUCCGACAACCUCUCCAACGCCAUUACCACCCUGGACGAGGAGCUCCAACACUCCGACCUCUGGAAGGACGAGAGAAUUCGUCGCUCGGUUCUCCAGGACGCCCUUCCCAACCUUCUCUUGGAGGAGAUUGGUCUCGACACCAUUAUUCAGCGUGUUCCCGACUCGUACCUGCGCGCCAUUUUCGGCAGCUACCUCGCCUCGAGGUUUGUCUACCAGUUUGGCAGCCAGCCUAGCCAGUUUGCUUUCUAUGAUUUCAUGGCCAAGCGUAUGGCGAGCGUUAACUAA